AUGAAAACAAGACAUUAUUCGCUCCUCAUUUUCUUGGCAGCCUCUGCACUUUUUCCUGAAAUUUCGGCUCAACUUGCAAAUUGCCAAAACCUUGGUACUCCAAUAAAUUCAACAGACUGUUUGUGCCCGGGUUUUGUCGAUGGAAGACUUUGUGAAAAUAUCAAAUGCCAAAACUGGGCAGUUCCUGACAAAAACCGAUGUGCAUGUGCACCUGGAUGGUACGAUAGGUAUUGUGGACUGCGUGGAUGUUUUAUUUUAGAACUCUAAAGGUGUUGUGGAUAACUGGAUUGAAAACUAUAUCGUCUAUGGAUUUGUUCAAUCUGAGUCAAACACUAAAAUUCAAAAAUUGUUCACUGAAAACCCAGAUGACGUCAUCAGCUUCUUCAACAAUAUGACUCUCUUCGAUGGUGAUGACACACAACCCGUACUUACUGCCAUCCAGAAUGCACAACAGACGUAUCCGAAAAUGUAAGCUCACGCAUUGGUUCUUGUAUUUACGGAUAGUCCAGCAUCAGAUGCAACGGCAUGGUCACAUAGAUUCACAGAUAAAAAUGCCGAACAGAGUGUACUCCAAAUCUCGCUUAUAUGGAGAUCUAAAUACUCAAUCUUCCUGUCCCUACCUGCUCGAACAAACUUCUCAUCAAAUGGCGUUGAUGUCUAUCGAAGACUUUCCCUUACAAAUCACGGAGACACAUUUUUCAUCAAGGACUCAAAUGAUUUAUCCAAUGCUCUUUUGAUUGUUAUUGGAGUUCAGUAUUUCCCAGAGAACGUGCAAAUUGGAUAUGGAAAAACUACAGAUGAACAACUGCAGACAUAUGUUGAUAAUGAUGGUGAUCUGGUGUACAUAUUGCUCACAAUUCGUUCAUCUUUGCAGGCAACAGUUCCAUCAAUUUCGGAGGCUACAAUAGUUGCAGAAGGAGAUUCUUAUAGGCUCUACUCCCCGGCCAGCAAUAUUGGGGAUACUGUAACAAUUCUUUGCCAAAAUGGAACAAGAUACAACUACCGAAUGUUCAUCCAAUCAAAAAAUACGCUUCUUUUCAAUUACAAUGACGAUAUGCAUAUUGAUGUGGGAAAUGGAAUGGCAGUUAUCGGAAUUGAAAUGUUUGCAACUAUGCAAACGUAUGGAUUUCCACAAUGGCAGAAUAGCAGUUACGAUGUGAGAUCAUCUGAUGGCAAGCUGCUCAGAGAAAAGUUCUACGCAUCAACAAGACCUCAACAAGACUGCACGUUUUUGUAUGGGUUCCCGGCUUGGAAAACUUUGUCAUGUCCACCAGGACCGAUCAUGCAACUGCACACAUUUUACUACAACGGAUACAAUCAGCAAAGGAUCACACCAGGAUACUGUAUUGAAAGCGAUCACAAUGCUCGGGAUCUUUCUGGAAACGCAGAAACGCUGAAUGAACUGACUAUCAAUGUUUCCAAAAUUAAUAUGGAUACAUUAAGUAAAAAGAAUGCGGUUUCUAUCAAUGAGCUCUAG